AUGUAUACAGACGAAAAUUCCGAUAAAGAAUGCAAAAGUGAAGAGAAAAAAUUAGAAGAAUGUUCCAAUAUCACAAAGAAAUCACUAUCAACGAUUGGUUUUGUAAGUAAUGUAGAAAAUCAAAAUGUAAGACCAUUAACGCUACGAGCGACACAAUCCUUCACGGGUACGGUGGAGGAACUAAAGUUUUGUGGUAAUUUUCAAAGAAUAAAUCUUUGCAAUAGAAUGAAUGUUGUGCCAUCACCGAAAAUUACAACUGUUUGUCCGUGCGGUUGUUUACUACGACCUGCUGCAGUAAACCCUUUCAGAACAAGAGAACAAAACACACUUGCACUUCAUGUGGUUCCACCCGAUGUACUGAAUUACCAUGGCUAUAACUUUAAACCAAAUCAAAUAGCACUGUUCUGGAAGAAAGAUUGUAGAACGUUUUUGUGGAAAGGAAAGGCUAAGAAGAAAAAUUUUAUUCACGUAGAUUCGCACAGAUAA